AUGGCACCUCCUUUCUUUCCGGACAUACUGCAGAAUGUCAAUGGCCUCUUGAACAGAGAUUUCUAUCAAAAUACGCCAACUGCUGUCAAUAUAUCUACUACUGCGUCCAAUGGUGUUAAAUUCAAUAUCAAUGGGAAGCAACUCGCUAGAGAUGCGCCUUUACAAGCAAAUAUUGAGGCCAGACUAUCAGAUAAAGUCACUGGUAUCUCUAUAUCACAAGGCUGGUCGAACAAGAACAAAUUAAACAAUAAAGUCGAGUUGAAUAAAUUGGUCAUACCUGGCUUGAAAUUCAACGUGAUGUCAAAUUUCAGUCCAGCAGAUGAUACAAAGUCUGCUAAAUUGAAUUUAAGCCUUGUGAAACCAUUUUUUUCCACCAGGGCAACUUUAGAUAAGUCUCUUUUCACAGGUAAUCUGACUUUAUCCCAUGAUAACAUUGUAACUGGUGCUGAAUUUUCGUACGAUAUUGCGAGUGGUACUAUUUCUCGUCAUGCCAUGGCGAUGGCCUAUCAAUCCAAGGAUUAUACCAUUGGAUUACUGAUUUCCGACAUGCAAUUAGCCACUGCUUCUUUCUACCAGGUGCUGAAUUCAAAUUUACAGGUCGGUGCAAAAGCAACAAUGAAUUCAAAACUGAAUUCAAAUGUCAAUAUUGAGUUUGCAACGAAGUAUAGACCAGAUGAGUCUUCGCAAAUUAAAUGUAAAAUUAACGAUCUGGGUAAAUUAACAGUUUCCUGUAAACAAGAUUUGAAAAAGGGCAUCACUGUAGGUGUUGGUGCUUCCAUGAAUGCUUUGAAGUUAGAUGAACCAAUCCAAAAGAUUGGAUGGUCUUUAAACUUUUCAUCUUGA